UAUAUUCAUUCAUAUAUUUCAUAUUGCAUUUAAACAGCGCGCUUUUGCAGUAAAAAGCUGAGUGCUACGACACGCAAUUUGCGCGCAGUAUCGACUGAACCAACUAUCGAUAAUUUUCACAUCUAAAUUUAAGUCAAAAAUUUGGUUCGAUCUGGUAACAUUGAUAUUAUCGGCAUCGAUUCUUUUGGAAGCACUACAAAACAUUACAGAAAUUAUAAACAAAUUAAAAUGGAUAGCAACAAUGAUCUUUCGGAUGAAUUAAUGCAACGGCUGACUGCUGGCGGUGGCCUGGAGGAAGUGAUAGCCAGCGAAAUAUUUGAAGAGAACAACAUUUAUGAGGACGGCCAUGAUGUGGAAAAUGAACCAGACGACAUUAUUGUUGUGCACAUGGACAUUAGAGAACCGCUUAGUACACUUAAAAGACUUGUGGAACAAAAGAUUGGCGUGGAAUUAAACUAUUAUACAUUUUGCCUGCAAGAUGCACAAGAACUGGAACCCCACAAAAAUCUUGUCGAUCAGUGUGUUAAGGGCGAGGGUCUGGUGCAGAUCAAUGUUCAAAUACAAACUAUACGCAAGAAAAUUAAUAUUGCCGAUGUGCUGAAGCCCACUGAAGCUGCGUUGGCUACAAUUGCGCUGGAGGACACAACGCAGCUUCCUGCCGCUCAGGAAACAAAUAGCAGUUGCAAGAGUUCGCCGCCCAGUAGUCCAAUAAAAGCCGCAAAGAAGCGCAAGAUUAAGGAGGAAUCAGCAGAUGUGGAUGUUACGGACGAGGACAAAGAGACGGAUGUUGAUGUGGCCAAACCAGUGCUCAACUGGGUGCUCGAUAGCAAAUUCAAGCGCGAGCAGGCACGACUCAAAAUACCCGAAGCAGUCAGUGAAUGGACACAAGCGCAUGUAUCUCAUUGGCUUGAAUGGGCCAUCAAGGAGUUUGAGCUGCGCGAUAUUAAUAUGAAUGACUGGUGCAUCAAUGGCCAAGAGCUAUGUGCCAUGACGCAUGAAUGGUUUAGUCGGAAAUUGCCACGCGAUCCGGGAAACGUCUUUUGGACGCAUCUGCAGCUGUUAAAGGAAUGCAACUUUGUAUCUGUAGUCCAUAAGCAGGCUGAAGAGCUACGCAAACCCAAACCGACCAAGCCAAGCGGCGCAACAACUGCCACCACAAGUAAUGCAGGACUCGAGCAGCGCAUUAUGAGGAAAUCGUAUCAAAGCGCCAAAGGGAAUGACUCUGGAGAAAACUCACCGGCGCCGCAAAGUCCCAACAACUACAACAGCGUUGGCUCUGGCAAUAAUGGACAGGUGCAACUGUGGCAGUUUCUGUUAGAGAUACUCACCGACAGCGAACACACAGACAUUAUUGAAUGGGUGGGCACCGAUGGCGAGUUUAAGCUGAGCGAUCCGGAUCGCGUGGCGCGCCUUUGGGGCGAGAAGAAGAACAAGCCUGCCAUGAACUAUGAGAAGUUAUCGCGUGCGCUGCGCUACUACUACGAUGGUGACAUGAUAUCCAAGGUGUCGGGUAAACGUUUUGCCUACAAAUUCGACUGCGAUCUGAAGCUGUUGAUUGGCUACGAUGCCUGUGAGUUGUCGCGGCUGGUGAACGAGCGUAAAUGGACGGAUCAGCAGAAAAUGGCACAACGUGAAGGCGUCAGUGAUAAGGCAUGACAUGCGGAAAUUGCCAUUA